AUGACAGUGUUAAACCUGUUAAUGAAUGUUAAACCUAGUCAUGACACUGUUAAACCUAGUCAAAACAUUGUUAAACCUAGUCAAAACAGUGUUAAACCUAGUCAAAACAGUGUUAAACCUAGUCAUGACACUGUUAAACCUAUUCAAAACAAUAAUAAAACUAAUCAAGACACCAUACCCUUUAAUAGGUAUCUCAGUGUGAUGCCUCCCAUACAUUUGGCUAUUCCUAUUAGUCCUAGUAUAGCUCGGGAACUGCGGCAUCCUGCAGAAUUUGAAGUUGGGCUGAGAGCAGCUUGGCAAUUUAUACCAGGAGUGGAUCAUGUUGAUCAGGAAGUAGAGGAUGGACCCGUGUCUGAUGUUCCGUACCCAUCUACUCCAUCAGAAGUUGCAUUUACUUUGGCACUGUCAAUUCCAAGCAUUUUAUUUAUUGUCUAUAUUUUAAUUGUCCUUUAUCGAUGCAUGUGUUCACGAAACUAUGCAGAGUGGCGCAGCUCCUGGUCAAAACGUCCUAACAAGAGUGAGGAUAAAGUUUAUUCAGAAGUUGAUCCUGAUUCUUAUCUGAUUAUGGAAACCUUACCUCUGAAACUGAAAGGCCAUCUGGAGGUGAGAAUAAAA